AUGCUAAGCAUCACCAUCGCUGUCACCAUCGCCGUUAUCGUUAUUGCCAUUCCAUCCGUGCACUUACUGUUAUUUAGCAAUCCCAGUUGGACAGGUGGCCAUUCGGUUCCUAGCACUAUCCUCAGAAAUAUUACUGCAUUAUCUAGCCAUAUAGCAUAUUCCGAGGAUCUGUUUGAAAAUAUCACCACUCUCUCUACCACUUCAGUUUCAACUCCAAAUGGUGUCAUUCAAGGUCUCCUGUAUGUCCCAGACCUUGACGACAAUGACCCAUGCCAGGAAGAGGCGGCGAAAUACAUCCCAGCAAAUGUCACACGACAAGUGAAUUUGCCACCUACGAAUUACAAUCUUAUAGCCCUAGCGCCGUGGAUUAACCCUGACUGCACCCAGUCAUUUCUUGCAUCCGCCAGGUUGGACCCUAUCCGAGGGAUGCUUGUUUAUCGUCCAGAUAAUGAUACCAGUCAACCACCAGACAUCGAUGACGAUGCUUGGGACCUGGGAGAUGGCGGUAUAUGGAAGACGCAGAAUCGCUAUCCCAUUUACGCGAUUCCCGGUGCUUCCGGGAACGAGAUGAUGAGGCAGCUCAGCCUUUAUUCUGGUGAUUUAUCCCAAGUCCCAUUUAGUAAUCAGAUUAUUACUACGUACUCUCCAAACCCGGCAGAUUACGUACGAGUAUGGACGGAAUUAACAGUAGUUACCGUGUCAACGACGCUCCCGUUAUGGGCGUUCAUUUUGAUUAUCCUUGGCGUAAUUAUUGCCAUCAUCGCCAGUACCUCGCUGCUCAUGCACUUUGUCCAGAGUCGCCGUCGCGCCGCUUUACGGCGCCGCGUGAUGCGGGGUGAGGUGAAUCUGGAGGCGCUGGGUAUCAAAAGGUUGAUGGUACCGAUGCAUCACAUUCUAACUUUUCCUUUAUUUACCUAUAAUUACGACCCUCCAUUACCGUCGUCACCCACGUUGGUCAAAUCCCCGCAAAAGACAGGGCGAAGGUCGUCGGAGGUUAGUCGAAUACCAGACAGUGUGAGGAUCGAGAAGAACGAUUCGGGACUUGAUUACCAACCGGCGUGCCUCAUCUGCUUGGAAGAUUUUGAAUCCAAGAAGACAAUCAUCCGCGAACUACCUUGUGGUCAUAUCUACCAUCCCGAAUGUAUUGACGAAUUCCUGGGCCAAGUUAGCUCGCUAUGUCCUUCCUGCAAAGCAUCAAUGUUGCCUCGUGGCUAUUGUCCAGAAAUAACGAAUUCGAUGGUGCGCAGAGAGUUAGGUACUCGGAAAUUACGGUCCAGCGGUACGGUGAUUACCGUGGACGUCGAAAGGGGUCGACAGAGGCUAUCCUCGUGGAGCAGCUCUAUGAAAAAACAUAUAUGCAAAAUCUCAUCUCCGCAGCCGGAAGAAGCUAUUGACUUACAAGAGCAGCCGAGGGAUGGUAUAUCGAGCACGAUGGAAACGACACGAGAUCACAUGCAAGAGCUUGUAGUACCCGUUGACGAAACAAACAGCGACGACGGGCGGCCUCAAUGCAAGUCGUUUAACUACACCAGUGGGUCUAGAAGCUAA